GCUGCAGCGUCACCAGACGAGCCGGAGCGGGCCCGGCAGAGCAGCCGCUGCCACCGCCAACGAACCGGCCGCCGCGCGGAGUCCAGCAGCGCGCCGGGCAGCCCAGCGGUCGGGCCCAGCGGUCGGGCCGAGGGCAACGCGACGCGGACGAGGCGGAGCCCGCAGCGGUGCGGGGGCCGGGGGGCGGGCCGGGGGUGGCCCCGGGCUCAUGGAAGCACCCGAGCGGGCUGGCGGCGGGGAGCCCCCCGAACCUGGCGGGCGGCCGGGCCUGGGCCCACGGGCCUUCGUGCCUCAGAAGGAGAUCGUGUACAACAAGCUUCUGCCCUACGCCGAGCGGCUGGACGCGGAGUCCGACAUGCAGCUGGCGCAGAUCAAGAGCAACCUGGGCCGGGCUGUGCAGCUCCAGGAGCUGUGGCCGGGCAGCCUCUUCUGGACCCGGAAACUCUCUACGUAUAUCCGACUUUAUGGGAGAAAAUUUAGCAAAGAAGAUCAUGUUCUUUUUAUUAAGUUAUUGUAUGAGCUGGUAUCAAUUCCAAAACUCGAAAUCAGCAUGAUGCAGGGAUUUGCUCGUCUCUUGAUCAACUUAUUAAAGAAAAAGGAACUUCUCUCAAGAGAUGAUUUAGAGUUACCGUGGAGACCACUUUAUGACAUGGUGGAAAAAAUACUCUAUUCCAAGACAGAGCACCUGGGAUUAAAUUCAUUUCCUAAAAACAUUGUUCCCUUCAUCUUGAGAGAUUACAAGAAUCACAAAAGGUCACUAUACAGAUAUCACAGUUCUGUAGAAAAUGUUCUCAAAACACUCGUGAAAAGCUGUCGACCAUAUUUUCCAGCAGAUGCAACAGCAGAAAUGUUAGAAGAAUGGCGGCCUUUAAUGUGUCCUUUUGAUGUAACAAUGCAAAAGGCCAUCACUUAUUUUGAAUUAUUUCUUCCUACCUCCCUUCCUCCAGAGCUGCAUCAUAAAGGUUUUAAACUUUGGUUUGAUGAAUUAAUUGGCCUUUGGGUUUCAGUGCAAAAUCUUCCACAGUGGGAGGGGCAAUUAGUAAAUCUUUUUGCUCGAUUGGCUACAGAUAAUAUAGGAUACAUAGAUUGGGAUCCAUAUGUACCAAAGAUAUUUACAAGGAUUCUGAGAAGCCUGAACCUCCCAGUGGGAAGCAGUCAAGUGUUAGUCCCCAGAUUUUUAACAAAUGCUUAUGAUAUAGGACAUGCUGUAAUCUGGAUCACUGCAAUGAUGGGUGGACCAAGUAAAUUAGUACAAAAACACUUAGCUGGUUUGUUUAAUAGCAUCACAUCUUUUUAUCAUCCUUCAAAUAAUGGGCGUUGGCUGAACAAAUUAAUGAAACUCCUUCAGCGAUUGCCAAACAGUAUUGUUAGGAGAUUACAUCGUGAAAGAUAUAAGAAGCCCUCUUGGUUAACUCCUGUGCCUGAGAGCCACAAGCUUACUGAUCAAGAUGUUACCGACUUUGUACAAUGCAUUAUUCAGCCUGUCCUCUUGGCUAUGUUUAGCAAAACUGGUAGUCUAGAAGCAGCCCAGGCUCUGCAGAACCUUGCACUCAUGAGACCCGAGUUAGUAAUACCCCCUGUGCUUGAAAGAACAUAUCCUGCUUUAGAGACAUUAACAGAACCUCACCAGCUCACAGCCACUUUAAGUUGUGUAAUUGGAGUAGCCCGAAGUUUGGUAUCAGGCGGCAAAUGGUUUCCUGAAGGUCCAACACACAUGCUACCUUUGUUGAUGAGAGCAUUGCCUGGGGUGGAUCCAAAUGACUUUAGUAAAUGCAUGAUCACAUUCCAAUUUAUAGGAACAUUUUCUACUCUGGUGCCUUUAGUAGAUUGUUCAUCUGUACUGCAAGAAAGAAAUGACCUCACAGAAAUCGAAAAAGAACUUUGUUCGGCCACAGCUGAAUUUGAAGAUUUCGUCUUACAGUUUAUGGACAGAUGUUUUGGACUAAUAGAAAGUAGCACGUUGGAGCAAACAAGGGAAGAAACAGAGACGGAGAAAAUGACUCAUUUGGAGAGUUUGGUUGAAUUAGGUUUGUCUUCCACGUUUAGUACAAUCCUCACACAAUGUUCCAAAGAAAUAUUUAUGGUGGCCCUUCAGAAGGUCUUUAACUUUUCUGUUUCACAUAUUUUUGAAACAAGAGUUGCAGGUCGCAUGGUAGCAGAUAUGUGCCGUGCUGCCGUAAAGUGCUGCCCGGAAGAGUCCCUGAAGCUCUUCGUUCCCCACUGCUACGGUGUUAUCACUCAGCUUACAAUGAAUGACGAUGUAUUGGAUGAGGAAGAGCUAGAUAAGGAGUUGUUAUGGAAUCUUCAGCUUCUGUCUGAGAUUACUCGUGUGGAUGGGAAGAAGUUGCUUCUGUAUAGGGAGCAGCUUGUGAAGAUUCUGCAUCGAACCCUGCACCUGACCUGUAAGCAAGGCUACACACUGUCUUGCAACCUUCUGCAUCAUCUUCUUCGCUCUACCACACUAAUCUACCCCACAGAGUACUGCAGUGUGCCAGGUGGCUUUAACAAGCUACCUUCUGAAUACUUCCCUAUCAAGGACUGGGGUAAGCCUGGAGAUUUGUGGAACCUAGGGAUCCAGUGGCAUGUUCCUUCUUCAGAAGAAGUCUCUUUUGCCUUCUAUUUGUUAGACUCCUUUCUUCAGCCUGAACUCAUGAAACUCCAGUGUUGUGGGGAUGGAGAACUUGAAAUGUCUAGAGAUGAUAUUCUGCAGAGUCUGACUAUAGUACACAACUGCUUGAUUGGCUCAGGGAACCUCCUACCUCCAUUGAAAGGAGAGCCAGUUACUAACUUGGUACCAAGUAUGGUGUCCUUAGAGGAAACAAAAUUGUAUACUGGACUGGAACAUGACCUAUCCCGAGAGAACCACCGAGAAGCAAUUGCUAGUGUCAUACGGAAACUUCUUAACCACAUACUUAACAAUUCAGAAGAUGAUACCAAAUCAUUGUUUCUCAUCAUAAAGAUAAUUGGAGACCUUCUGCAAUUCCAAGGAUCUCAUAAACAUGAAUUUGACUCCCGAUGGAAAAGCUUUAACUUAGUAAAAAAAUCAAUGGAAAAUCGGCUCCAUGGAAAAAAGCAACAUAUCAGAGCACUGCUAAUUGACAGAGUGAUGCUGCAGCAUGAGUUGCGAACACUAACUGUUGAGGGUUGUGAGUAUAAAAGAAUACAUCAAGAUAUGAUCAGAGAUCUUCUUCGAUUAUCAACAAGUUCAUACAGUCAGGUCAGAAACAAGGCUCAGCAAACAUUUUUUGCUGCUUUGGGAGCAUAUAACUUCUGUUGCAGAGAUAUCAUCCCUUUGGUUUUGGAGUUUUUACAACCUGAUAGACAGGAUGUCACCCAGCAGCAGUUCAAGGGUGCCUUAUAUUGUCUGCUUGGAAAUCAUAGUGGCGUGUGUCUGGCAAACCUUCACGAUUGGGACUGUAUUGUGCAGACUUGGCCAGCACUUGUUUUUUCAGGGCUUAGCCAAGCAAUGUCACUGGAAAAGCCAUCAAUAGUGAGACUAUUUGAUGACCUUGCAGAAAAGAUUCAUAGACAAUAUGAAACAAUUGGCUUGGACUUCACAAUUCCAAAGCCAUGUGCUGCAAUAGCAGAAUUACUUGAACAAUCAAAGAAUCCUUCUAUUUGUCAGACACUGCUUAGCCCAGAAAAAAUUAAAGAAGGACAGAAGCGCCAGCAGGAAAAGAAUGCCGAUGCCACAAGGAACUAUGAAAGUUUGGUAAAUACUUUACUAGAUGGUGUGGAGCAAAGAAAUUUGCCUUGGAAAUUUGAGCAUAUAGGCAUUGGGCUUCUGUCUCUACUCCUAAGGGAUGACAGAGUGUUACCUCUUCGUGCCAUACGUUUUUUUGUUGAAAAUCUCAACCAUGAUGCAAUCGUUGUUCGAAAGAUGGCUAUCUCAGCUGUUGCUGGUAUUCUCAAGCAGCUAAAGAGAACUCACAAAAAGCUGACCAUCAACCCUUAUGAAAUCAGUGGAUGUCCUAAGCCCACCAAAAUUCUUGCUGGUGAUAGACCUGAUAAUCAUUGGUUACAUUAUGAUAGCAAAAACCUACCAAGAACAAAAAAAGAAUGGGAAUCAAGUUGCUUUGUUGAAAAAACUCAUUGGGGAUACUAUAGUUGGCCAAAGAAUAUGGUUGUUUAUGCUGGUGUAGAAGAGCAGCCUAAGCUUGGCAGAAGCAGGGAGGAUAUGACCGAGGCAGAGCAGAUUGUGUAUGAUCGUUUUUCUGACCCCAAGUUUGUCGAGCAGUUAAUUACUUUUCUAUCUUUAGAAGACAGAAAAGGAAGAGAUAAGUUUAGUCCCCGGCGUUUCUGCCUCUUUAAGGGUGUAUUUAGAAAUUUUGAUGAUGCUUUUCUGCCUGUUCUGAAGCCCCAUUUAGAACGUUUGGUUGCAGAUUCUCAUGAAAGUACCCAGAGAUGUGUUGCAGAAAUUAUAGCAGGUUUAAUCAGAGGUUCUAAGCAUUGGACAUUUGAGAAGGUGGAGAAGCUUUGGGAACUCCUCUGCCCACUGCUGAGAACAGCGCUGUCCAACAUGACAGUGGAGACAUACAAUGACUGGGGAACCUGUAUAGCCACAUCCUGUGAAAGCAGAGAUCCCCGGAAGCUUCAUUGGCUUUUUGAGCUGCUCUUGGAGUCACCAUUGAGUGGUGAAGGGGGUUCCUUUGUAGAUGCAUGCCGACUCUAUGUGCUGCAAGGUGGCCUUGCACAGCAAGAAUGGAGAGUCCCUGAGCUAUUACACAGACUUCUGAAGUACUUGGAACCCAAACUCACCCAGGUUUACAAAAAUGUCAGAGAAAGAAUAGGGAGUGUGCUGACCUACAUAUUUAUGAUAGAUGUUUCUUUGCCAAAUACUGCACCAACAACAUCUCCUUGUAUCCCCGAGUUUACUGCUCGAGUCCUAGAGAAACUAAAACCCCUUACAGAUGUGGAUGAAGAAAUUCAGAACCAUAUUAUGGAAGAGAAUGUCAUUGGUGAAGAAGAUGAACGAACUCAGGGCAUUAAACUCUUAAAAACCAUUUUGAAAUGGCUUAUGGCAAGCGCAGGAAGAUCUUUUUCUACAGCAGUCAAAGAACAGCUUCAGCUUCUGCCUUUGUUCUUUAAGAUCGCCCCAGUGGAAAAUGACAACAGCUAUGAUGAACUGAAAAGAGAUGCAAAGCUCUGUUUAUCACUAAUGUCUCAGGGGUUGCUCUACCCUCAUCAAGUGCCUUUGGUACUUCAGGUGCUAAACCAAACAGCAAGAAGCAGCUCUUGGCAUGCAAGAUAUACAGUGCUGACCUACCUCCAGACCAUGGUAUUUUAUAAUCUCUUUAUUUUCCUAAAUAAUGAAGAUGCAGUUAAAGACAUCAGAUGGCUCAUCAUAUGCCUUUUGGAGGAUGAACAGUUAGAGGUUCGAGAAAUGGCUGCUACCACCUUAAGUGGUCUGCUACAGUGUAAUUUCCUUACCAUGGACAGUGGUAUGCAGAUUCAUUUUGAGCAGCUUUGCAAAACAAAACUACCCAAGAAAAGAAAGCGAGACCCUGGUUCUGUGGGAGAUACCAUUCCUUCUGCAGAGUUGGUCAAACGUCAUGCUGGUGUGCUUGGACUAGGGGCAUGCAUUCUUUCUAGCCCUUAUGAUGUUCCCACCUGGAUGCCCCAGCUCCUUAUGAAUCUUAGUGCACAUUUGAAUGAUCCUCAGCCUAUUGAGAUGACUGUAAAGAAGACUUUAUCCAAUUUCCGAAGGACACACCAUGACAAUUGGCAAGAACACAAGCAGCAGUUCACUGAUGACCAGCUGCUUGUCCUCACUGACCUCCUUGUGUCACCAUGCUAUUAUGCAUAGAGGGAUGACUAGUCCUGAUUUGGGGCUCAAUUCAUCAAAAAUUCCAGAUCCUCAGGUAUCAUCUGUGGUGACUUUCUGCAGGUCUCACAAACUCAUCCUCUGUUGAGCUCUCGUCAUUUUAGUGUUUGGCCUCAUUAGUCUUGGUUCACAGGUUCCCAGCUGCCGGUUGAUUUCCUAACUUGUCCUGAAGUGUUUUCAGAAUACUGAUCACUUUUCCUUUGAGACAUAUGACAAAGUCACAAAGUCUCAGACUAGAAAUAACCCAGUUUGAUCAUGGUAUCAUGACCAGUCUAGAAACUUGUUAAAAAAUAAAACAAUUUCCUUGGAAUGGGGAGAAUACUUAUCAGUAAUGUAGGUCCUGUCGUUUCAUUCAUCUCAAAUUAUUUUGAAUCCUUCCUCAAAGGCUGUUGGGUUUAAUGGUUGGGUUUAAUGAAUGGGCCAUGCAUCUGAAGUUUGGAGAGCCACGAAGAGAAAAGGAUCAAAGUGGGCUAGUCUCAGAGUUAACUAUGACCUGACAGAUUUUUCAACCACAUUGCAGAGGUCUGUGUAUGUGUCCACACAGACUGGAGUUUUUGGUACUGAAUAAGAGCCAAUUGCUGAAAAACUAGGGGUUUGGUGAAUAAAUUUUAGACUGAUUUGUAUGUGUAUACAAUGUGUGAUUUUAAAAAUAAAAACAACAUCAAUAAA